CUUUCUAUGCUUUGUUGCUAUUUGUGACGUGCAUAGCAAUAGCGUAAACCCAUAAUGGUAUUUAUCAACAAUCAGAAGUUUGCUUGCGAAUCCUGUAUCAAAGGCCACCGUUCCUCAUCAUGCUCCCAUACCGACCGCCCAUUGUACGAAAUCAAGAAGAAAGGCCGCCCUGUAUCCCAAUGCGAACGCUGCCGCGAGCUACGCAGUACGAAGCGUGUACAUUCGAAGUGUACCUGCUCAGAUUCACGAGCAUCGAACAGCCACGAGACUGAGAAGGCAUUUGGGACGAAACAGAAGAGAUACAUCCCAAUCGUUCCUGCGUUACCCAAUGGCCUUAAAGACGCGAUAGGAGAGCGAUCAUCGGAUACCCCCGUCCAACUGUCCAAUCCACGACAACAAGUCGAAUCCUUGCUGAACCCCUGCCGGUGUGGUGACGUGUGGAAUUGUCAAUGCAGAACGUACCCCGAGAGCUCUGCUACCGGUGAGAACACGUUUAGACCUGCCGGAAAUGGAUUGGCCACACUAGCUCGAGCAGCUGCCCUAUGUUGUGGCGAGACGUCGCUGUCCCAGCCCGAGACGAAUCGGUCCCCGUCUGCUCAGAACGCCCGAUUCAGCCUCACUCCUCCAUUGUCACACCCUAUGCGCAAGCAUCGUCGCUCCCCCACUCCUCCACGUAUCUCCAAUUCGUCAUACCCCAAACGUGCAAGGUCAUACCAGUCACCGGAAACAGAGUUCGCGCUCCCACCAUUACAAUUUACGUCUCAAGAGAAGUCCAUCGUACCCACUCCUUUCUCGAUGCCACCGUUAUCGCCACAUGAUCAUCUACAUGUUCCCGAACAUCCCAAUUUCCCUACGUCAAUGCCACCAUUCAGCACACUCAAUCGACUCGCGGGCACAGGAUGCACAUGCGGUCUUCAAUGUGCGUGCCCUGACUGUGCCGAACACCGCACAGACGGCCCCGGAGAAGACGAUACUCAGUCCGCGGAGCUCGACUUCGAACUCGGAUUCAGCGAAGGUCAAAGCACUCUACGUGUGGCAUCAUCCGGUCAUGCCAAGAAGGAUUGCGGAGAAGGAUGUACAUCCUGCGUUGAUGAGAAUCUUCGUGAGGUUGAUCUCUCCGGAGUCGGCGGAGCUCGUAGCUCACAUUCGUGGCACGGUCCCGCCACGGGCACAUUUGGCGGGCAUUCGGCACUUGAGAGCUUCUUUGCCCACGCAGCUCGUAUUCCACCCCCUGGAGGACCCGUGGCCUUACCGAAGUUGUGCUGUGGCGGUUCAUGCGGCUGUGGGAAGUCCUGCGGGUGCGGAGGAGAAUGCAAUGGUUGUUGCAAGGAUCGCAGCGCCAGUCCGGGGAGUUCUGGUGGGAAUAGGGACGAAGUGGGUGAUAAGAUCUCGUCGUGUGUGCCUUCUGCUAGUGCAAUGGGUGUCGGCGCUAGAGUGAAGAAGUCGUGUUGCUCUUAGCUAAUGUAGUCACAUGUCUGUAUCUUUUCUGGUUCACUUUUGGUUUACUUACUUUUGGGAAUCGAACACUUCUACUGGUUAUUAUUUGUAAAUUGCAGUCUCGGCGCCUUCAAAUGCC